ACGCUUGUUGGAGUUUAGACAAGCGGAGGGGAGCAAAAUGGCGGACGAAGAUAUUACGCUGGAUGGAAAACCUCUACAAUCGCUCCGGGUUGCGGAUUUAAAAGCUGCUUUGGAGCAAAGAAACCUGCCCAAGAGCGGACAGAAAAAUGCGCUCAUUAAGCGACUGAAAGGGGCUCUGAUGCUUGAAAAUCUUCAGAAGUCGUCCUCCUCUCACAGUGGGCUGCAGCCCAACUCGCAGAUUGGUGAGGAGAUGAGCCAGAAUAGCUUCAUAAAACAGUACCUGGCUAAACAGCAGGAGCUCCUUCACGAGAGGCUGGAGAGAGAGGCCCAGCAGGACGAAGCAGUAGACGAAAGCUCAGCCGUGCAGGAGGAGGAUGAAGACCAUUCGGAGGACAAUGACAGCUCCUCCUAUGUCAGUGACAAGAAGAAUCGCUCCAUACCCCCCAAGCCCUUAUUGCCCCGGGCAGAGGAGAGAGGAGGAGGAGAUGCAGGGAUGGUUCACGGGAUGAUGGCGUGCGUCCCCGACAUGGGCCCGGGUCCUACCCUCCCCCCCCAGGAGUUCCUCGAGGCUCCAGGUGCUAGGAUGCAGCGAGCCACCUUUCACCAGGGACACAAGGAGCCCCCGGCCCCGUCUCCCCCCCGCGCCGUAGCCUCCCUGUCGGUGCGCGUCCUGGGCCAGCCCGACCGCCAGGGGCUGCCCCCCGCCGUGCCGCGAGCCCAGGAGAAGGAGGGCACCGCACCGAGCGAACCGGGAUCCGCGCACCCCGUCCUCCACCUCAGCCGAUCAGCUGGAGUCUCAGGGGGGAGUCAGGCUCGCGAGGACAGCGAUGAUGACGACAGUGAUGACGAGAGCGAGGAUGAUGAGGAUUGGGGGCCCGGUCCCGGCGGGGCGCGGAGGGGAAACAGAGCGCCGCCCCAGCCGCAGCAGAUGCCUCCCAGCUUCCCGUCAACAGUUGCCAGAUCCAAACGCAAGCUCCAGCCUCCCCAGCACAUCCCACCACCACAGGUACACCACACACCAAUGCAACUGCGCCACCCCACCCCUCCUCCCUCUCCCCCCCCUGACCUGUUUCCCCUACCUGACACUCCCAAACAGAGCCCACCAGACACAGAGGACCAGGAAGGAGAUAGGCCCGAGGCUUCACGUGGUCCCAGGGGGCCGUCUUUCCCACCUUCCACCAUGCAGAGGCAAGACUCUGACUCGAGCUCUCGUUCCAGCAGUCCGGAGCCUUCUAUGAAGCGAAGGCCCGGGCCCCUCUCUCUGCUCGCACACAGGAUGGACUCUGAGGGGGCUUUCCGUGCAGCAGAGGCCACCUCCGCUGUGGAUCUGUCAGGAGAGGCGGCGGCACACUCCACUGCCGGGUUUGCCAGUUUUGGUGAUUCUCCGCUGAAAAGAUUGGAGAGAAAGAGGCUCCAAGAGAACAGAGACGUGGAGGAAGAAAGGCGCCUGAAGGAGGAGAAAGAGAGAGAACAACAGCAGAAGCAGGAGAGAGAAAGAAUGAAGAUACAAGAGCAGGAGAUAGAGAGGGAACGCCUGGAAGAAGAGAGGAAACGCCUGGAAGAGGAGAAGAAGCGCCUGGAAGAGGAGGAGAAGCAGCGUGAAAAAGAGCGAAAGCGCCAGGAAGAGGAGAAGGAGAGGAAACGCCAGGAAGAGGAGAAGAUAAGAGAGGAGAAACUGCAGAAGGAGAAGGAGAGGAAACACCAGGAGGAGGAGAAGAUAAGAGAGGAGAAACUGCAGAAGGAGAAGGAGAGGAAACACCAGGAAGAGGAGAAGAUAAGAGAGGAGAAACUGCAAAAGGAGAAGGAGAGGAAACACCAGGAGGAGAAGAUAAGAGAGGAGAAACUGCAAAAGGAGAAGGAGAGGAAACACCAGGAGGAGGAGAAGAUAAGAGAGGAGAAACUGCAAAAGGAGAAGGAGAGAAAACGCCAGGAGGAGGAGAAGAUAAGAGAGGAGAAACUGCAAAAGGAGAAGGAGAGGAAACACCAGGAAGAGGAGAAGAUAAGAGAGGAGAAACUGCAAAAGGAGAAGGAGAAGAAACAGGAGACAGUCUACAAAGGCAGGGUGGCUGUGACUGAGGCCCAAGACUCAGGUUCCUCAUCAGACUCCGAAUCCUCUUCACACUCGUCACAAUCCUCCUCCUCCUCCUCCGGGGUCAAAACCGGCCCUGCCAGACAGCUGAAGAAGCCAAACCAAGGACAUAAAGCAGAGGAGGAGAAGAAGACUAACCUUAGUAAAGGGGCAGAGAAACAACACGUUUCAACAAGGGAGGUGUCGGAGCCCAGCGCGGCCGCCGUGACGGAGGUGCUGCCGGACCCCGAGAGCUCCAUGGCCCAGCAGCCGCCCUCCGGGGCCGAGGCGGAGAGCAGCGAGGGUCGCCUGGAGGAGGGCACCAAUCAGAAGGCUUUCCCUGCCCGUAAGAUAUCCCUGACCAGCAGCAAGACGUCUCCACCCGCCACAGAUGGAGGAGCAGGCGACUGUGAGUCGGGGACGGCAGCGGGGAGGAAGAGGCGAUGGGGCUCCAGCUCGGCCGUCACCACCAAGAAACCAUCCAUCAGCAUCACCACCGACUCUCUGAAGUCGUUGAUCCCUGACAUCAGAGUGAAGGAGGAGGCGGUGGUGGAGCUGCACCCAGAGGAGCUGCAGAUGUCCGGGGACGAGGAGAGCCCGGACCCCAGCACGGGGGACCAGGACAAGGGCCUCAAGAUCAGACGCACCGUCACACAGGUUGUCCCAGGAGACGCUCAGGAAAACGGACAGACAAACGAGGAGGAGGAGGAGGAGGAGGAGGUGGAGAAAACGGAGAAAGAGAAACAGCGCAGGACUUCCAGAGACAAAAGGAAUAACAGCGUUUCGGAGGAAGCCAUGGAAACCCAGAUAUCUGUCAAGAUUGAAGGAGACGAAAAGAAAGUGACCCCUAGCGACAGCCUGGUGCGUCGCUCCAUCAGUCAACAGAAGUCAGGCGUUUCCGUCACCAUUGACGACCCCGUCCGCACGACCAGGCAACCCUCACCGCCUCAGGGCAAAGUCUCAAAAAUCAUCCAUGUGACCAACCUGGUGCGACCCUUCACCCUGGGCCAACUCAAAGAGCUGCUGAACAGGACCGGCAGCGUGCUGGAAGACGGCUUCUGGAUCGACAAGAUCAAGUCUCACUGCUUCGUCACAUACGGUACCACAGAGGAGGCGGUCGCCACCAGAGCCGCCCUCCACGGGGUCAAAUGGCCUUCCAGCAAUCCCAAGGUCCUCAACGUCGACUUCUGUGAGCAGGAUGAGAUGGACAUUCACAAAGGCAUCCUGAAGCCAGAGAGGGAGAAGCCCCACGCUGUCGCCCCCCAAAGUGCUCCUCCGAGCCGGCUGCCCCCCCUGAUGCCUGAGCGAGACCAUGAGCGGGAACAGAACCCAGAGUGGGACCGUGGCAUGGGGGGAGUGCGGGAGCUGUGGGUGGAGCGGCAGAGAGAGAUGGAGCGCCGGGAACGAGCCCGUGGCGAGCGGGAAUGGGACCGGGAUAAGGUCCGGGAGUUCGCCCGGCCGGGAGAGGACAGACCCCGCUCUCGAUCCAGAGAGAGGAGGAGGAGGGAGAGGGCCAAGAGCAAGGAGAGGAAGACGGAGAAGAAGGGAGACGAGCCUCCUGCAAAGCUGCUGGACGACUUGUUCCUGAAGACCAAAGCAGCGCCGUGUAUCUACUGGCUUCCCCUCUCUGAGGAGCAGGCGGCACAUAGGAUUCAGGAGCGCACCGAGCGGCAAAAGGAGCGCGAACAACGGCGCAAGGAGCGGCAGGAGGAGCUGGAGAAGAAGGCGGAGGAGGAGAGGGAGCGGCUGAAGGAGCGGCUGAAGGCUCGGGAGAAAGAUGGCGGCGCGGCUGCGGUGGCGGUGGUGGCGAGCGUCGGAGCGGCCGGGCGAGGAGCAGAGAGAGAGAGGGAGCGCGGCCGAGACAGGGAGCCCGACAGGAAGCGGGACGGCAGCAACCGACCCCCCCCACGACCCUCUGUAGGCGCCGGGGCAGGACGCCGCUCCCGUAGCCGUAGCAACCCCAGGGAUAGACGCCGCUGAACGCAGAGCGGCUGCAGGGAGAGAUAAACAGAGAGAGAGAGAGGGACGAGGGUGCUAGGGACACGGCAGACAGGAAGGGGUUCCACUCGGAGAUUCAUCUGUCUAUUUUUCUAACGUUCGGGACUCGUGUCUGCUGCUCGCUACCCGCCCCGCCGAGCUUUAAUUCGUCCACUAUGACGCCAGCGUUGUCUUCCACACACUUCUGCCAUUUCACCCUCCCCCCCCACCGCACCGCUCACCACCACUUGGUCCACAGAAAAACGUUUAGAUCGACGGUUAGUCUAGCUCUUAUUCUGUUCUCUCUGUCUUCCAGAAGCGAGUCAGGAGAGAGCAGCGUUCCUCCUCUCCUGUGUGUAAGAAAAAAUCAUAGAGAACGGGUUUCUUUUAUUUCUUUGGCUCGCCUCAGCGGUUUGGGAGCCCGCCUCUUUAUUUUAGUUCUGCGGGCGCACAGUUCCUUCCUCCUCAGAGCCCUGUAAUAAAACAAGUCCAAAAUAGAUCCCCGACCUUCAGAUAUUUUCUAGGAUCAGUUCUACUCUUCAGCACUGAGAUAUUCUGCUUUAUUUUUUUUAAGUAUACGACUAGGAUUUGUUUUGUUAAUGUUUUAGACAUCAUGUUAAUUUUUUUCAUCCUUGUGACGGUUGUUGUGGGUUACCGCAGGUGAUGUUUGUGCGAGUAAUAACCUUCAUCUCCCACGAAGAUGCGACUGAAGUCUCAACACUGUAACCUAGCAACGCGUGCGAUAGGAAGAGAUGUUAUUUGUUGUGGUGAUUCUGGAGGACGUGCCCCAGUUUGUCUUUUGAUGUUUAUGCAGCCGAGGAGGGAAGAGUAUGAAAUAGUUGUCGAGGUUUAUUCUGUAAUAAUUACAGGAAGCUGAUUCCCUGCACUGACGUCAGAAAAUCCCUCCUCUGACCAUUCAAUCAUAAAUAUAUUUAAAGAGGAGGUACACAUAGUUUUCCUUCUAAUAGAGUAAUGGUUACAAUUUUAAUAUUUUUAAUUUUAUGUUUUUAGUUCUGAAUGUUAAGAUUUUGUUGCUUUUUUCCCUUCCUUGCAAGUACUGAAUGUACUGAGAAUUAAAAAAAAUAAUAAAUUUAAAUUGGUUUUCA